AUGGAGAAGGCAGCCGUGGAAGGAAACGGUCUUCUCAUUCCACUCAUCGACUUCUCCAAGUUCCUGCACGGCGACCCCUCCCAGAAGGUUGCGACGGCCAAAGCAAUCCUCCAUGGCUUUCAAACCGCAGGUUUCAUCUACCUCUCCAACAUCCCCACGCCACCGCCCACUCUCGCCCACGUCUUCGACAUGUCGGCCAAGUUCUUCCAACUCGACACUGCCACCAAAUCCUCCCUGGCCUGGACCGUCCCGGAAGCCAACCGAGGCUACUCGGCGCCAGGCCGUGAGAAGGUAACGCAGCUAACCGACGGCGCGGCAGUCAGCGCCCUGCGCAGCACUGUCCCGGACUUGAAAGAAUCCUUCGAGAUCGGCCGGCCGGACGAGCCGCAGCACCCGAACCACUGGCCGCCCGAGACGGCCGAGAACCAGCUCGUCGGCUUCCAGCAGACCAUGCUGGACUUUUGCUCGCAGCUAAAAUCCCUGCACACGGACGUGAUGCGCGCCAUCGCCGUGGGGAUGGCCCUGCCGGACGAGAGCUACUUCGACCGAUUCGUGUGCGACGGCGACAACACCCUGCGCCUGCUGCACUACCCGGCCGUGCGCCGCGACGUGUUCCAGAUCAACCCGGGCCAGGUGCGCGCCGGCGAGCACUCGGACUACGGGAGCAUUACGUUCUUGUUCCAGGACGACAGGGGCGGGCUGCAGGUUAAGAGCCCCGAGGGCGAGUUCGUGGAUGCCGCCCCUGUCGAGGGCACCUGUGUGGUCAAUGCCGGGGACUUGCUCGCGCGGUGGAGCAACGAUACCAUCAAGAGCACGGUGCAUCGGGUUGUUGAGCCGCCUGGGAAGGAAGGGGGCAGUGAGGCGGAGACGUAUCCGCCUAGAUAUAGCAUUGCGUACUUCUGCAACCCCAACUUCAAGGACUGGAUCGAGGCUAUCCCGGGAACGUACGCCACCGAAGCCGACAAGAAGUACGUGGGCAUCAACAGUGGGGAGUACCUUACACAGAGGCUGAAAGCGACGUAUUGA